AUGGCGAAAUUAGAAGAAGAGCGGUCAGGGAGAAAGAUGGCUGAGGCGAACCGAGAUGUGCUGGUGGAGGCCAUCAAGAGGUUAGAAACAGAGUUGGCAGAGGCGAAAAAGAGGGUGUCCGCCGUGAAGGAGAAGCUGGUAAGCACUGUCGGGCUUGAAGUAGAGCGAGACAAACUGAAAGCUGACUUGGUGGAUAUGACCAAUAAGUGGAUGGAGAAAAGCCAAUUCUGCGUUCAGCAUGAAGCCCGCAUGGAGAAGCUUAGCAAUAUGAUGAGAGACCUUGAAGAAGAUAUUGUGUCAUUGCAGACUGAUAAGGAGACCUUAGAGAAGGAGAAAAAAGAGCUGGAGCAAAGGGCGAACAUUCUUGAGGCCAGCGCAGCGGAGGCCAAGAAGCAGAAGUUGGAGGCUGAUCUCCUCUUAGGGAAAAAGUUGAAAGAAGCAGAAGAGAGGGCAGCAGAGGCAGCUGUUGAAGCCACUAGGCAGCGUAUUCGAGAUCGAGAGAUCACCGAACGCAAGCUUGCGAGAGUGGCUGAGGUAGAUACCGCCAAGUAUCUGGAUUUGGCAUUACUUAAUAAGAAGCAGACCCCAGAGGAGAAAUGGGCAAAACUAGAGAUGUAUUGUAAGAACGUUGAUGUAAAGAUAGGAGAGUAUGACGUCGACAAGUAUUUGAACGAGCUUGGGGAUUUGCAGAUUUCUUAUCCGCCGUGUCAUCUGGAGAAGUUGAAGCUGAGGGGCGAUACACUGGGAUCGAUGUAUAAUGCCAACGGAGAAGCCGUUGAAGAUACUGUUGCCAACGUGGCUUCUGAUCAAAAAGCAUCAGGCUCUGCCUCUGUAGCUGAGGGCAAGUCAGAGGGUGAAAGAGGUGCCGUAGAAUGA